AAAACAAAAAUAAAAACAAAUACAUACAUACAUACAAAUCAUUGUAUUCCGCACAAGAUGAAAUCUUUUUAGCUCGUGGAGCCGGCUUUAUUUACAUAUUUUGUUCGCAGAUUCCGGUUCCAAAAAGUUUCUUCAUGGUACGCGUGGAUAUAUUAGAAAAGCUGAAAGGAGGUGGAAUAGCAAAGUGAUCAUGCCUUACAACUAUUAUUACUAUGAUGGACAAGUGGAUGCUGCCGAAGUUGACUAUGACUCUAUUUUUGAAGAGAAUCAGCCAAUAUAUGAAUGGAGAAACACAUAUGAAACCUGCAUUAUACCGUCAACUUUACAAAUUUUGUGGUAUAUGAGCAUUUUAAUUGGUUGGAGUUUUAUUAACCGUGUUGGAUUAGCAGUAUUUGUUCGACUACAAAUCAGGCACGAAUGGAUACUACACACAGUUUCUAUCUUACCGGGAUCCUGUAUACUCUACAUAACUGUGGGACUAAAUUCGCUAAUUAUUGCAUUUUUUGCUGGCUUAUCAUACGUGAUGUUUCUUUUGCUAAAUCGAUUCGCAUUUUGCAGAAAAAACAUGGGUAUUAUUAUGUUGGCAUUUACUAUUUCGGUACACCUUGGCUCGGAAGUAAUAUGGAAACGGCAACUAGCUUGGCAAGUCAUUAAGGGGUCUAUCAUGGUUGCAAACAUGAAAAUUAUAUCAGUUGCCUUCGAAAUAGCAGAAACUGCACUGAAAAGCCAACAAAAUAUCACCGUUCCAAACGUAUUUUCCUUUCUUGGUUACAUUUUUAUGCCCUCAACUUUAAUUAUUGGCCCCUGGGUUCCCUUUAGCGCUUAUCUGCAUAGUAUACACCAAAGUCCCUCAAUAUCACAUUAUCGGUGGGUAGUAUGGUGCUUACUAUGCAGUGUCCUUUCUUUAAGCUUUAUUAAUUUGUCCAAUUGUGUUGUACCAUUAAUAUUUUCAAGUCAAUCUCCUGUAUGGAUGCGUAUUUUUCGAGAUGCGUUAGCAGUGCGCUGCAGUCAUUAUUUUGUCAGCUUCCUAUCGCAAGCUUCAAUUGCUGCAAGUGGCAUUUCAGUAGACAAGGAAUCGAAGGCUAAUGCGUGGUUAGGUCAUAUGAUCACAAAGCCACUAAAUGUCGAAUUUCCACGAUCACUAAAUACAGUGGUACGUAGCUGGAAUAUACCUAUGCAUAUCUUUCUUAAGGAGUACAUAUUUCGCGGAGUAUAUAAAAGAUUUCAUAGCCAACUGCUUGCGAUUUUUAUAACCUAUUUCGUCUCGUCACUUUUGCAUGGCGAAUAUUUAAAGAUAUAUCUAGUAUUACUUUCACUAGCAUCUUUUGGUUACAUAGAAUACAAAAUUCGAUUGAAAAUAGCAAGUGCGUUUAAUGCGUGCGUUGCCGCCAAUAUUUGUCGUAAUCCCUGUCAUUAUAAAUAUUGUCCUAGUCAUGGUUGGACAAGCGAUGGCGCAGUUAUAGUCCAACUGGUAAACAUUUCAUUUUCAAUACUUACCAUUUUUCACCUGGCAUACUUAGGCGCGAUGAUGAGUGAUCCUACAGAGGAUGAAGAUGCACCAGAAAUAACAGGUUAUUAUGAUUACCUUAAAGCAUGGUCAAUAGUUAGUUAUUCGAACCAUUGGAUUGCACUAUUCACAUACGUGCUUUUUUUAGCUAUAUAAUAAGACAAUGCAUGGUAUUAUUAAAAUUUGUAUACAAUUAGGAGCAACAUAAGUAUUUAAGACGGAAAUUUGUAUUAAAAUAUAAAAUAUAAUAUAAAAUGUUUUUUAUAAUAUACGCCUUGUUCCAUGUGCUUCACAAUUGCGGGAUUUACAGGAAAAGCUGUUUUACCAGAAAUAAUCCUUAUGGGUUGUAUGUAUAUGUUGAAGACGAUAUUUUUUUCCGUUUUAGAAUUUGUUUUUAAAUUAACUAUACUAAUUUGAAAUUAUGUAUUUUGUAAGGAUAUUAAGUAUUUAAAGGUGUGUAAUAAAGUUUAUAUUUUUAUAU